GCCUCCGCCGGAGCCCUCGCGCUCCAGCAGAUGGCGGCUUCACACGUCAGCGCGAGACGCCGAGGAGCCAACACGAGGAGCGGGGGGAGCAGGCGGAGCGCGAGCCGGCGGACUUGAAGACGAGAGCAACAAGAGCAGAGGAGUUUUACACCCGACUUGUUCAAAGACCGAACCGAACCGAACGAAGCGACGGAGAACUGAAACAACAACAACAACAACAACAACAACAACAACAACAACAACGGCAGCUGAAGGAGCAGAGAAGAACAACCUGCAGCCUGAAGAAGUUUCAGGAGCUCGGUGGAUUCUCUGUGCUGGCUGUGGAGCAAGUGGCAGAAAGGACGACCGUCUCCUCAAGAGGCAGCGACCCCUCACCAUGCAGCACUACGGGGUGAACGGUUACUCUCUGCACGCCAUGAACUCCCUGAGCGCCAUGUACAACCUGCACCAGCAGGCCGCGCAACAGGCGCAGCACGCGCCCGACUACCGGCCGUCUGUGCACGCGCUCACACUGGCCGAGAGACUAGCUGACAUCAUCCUGGAGGCUCGCUACGGCUCUCAGCACCGCAAACAGCGCCGCAGCCGCACGGCCUUCACGGCGCAGCAGCUGGAGGCGCUGGAGAAGACCUUCCAGAAGACCCACUACCCGGAUGUGGUGAUGAGGGAGCGGCUGGCCAUGUGCACCAACCUGCCCGAGGCCCGAGUGCAGGUUUGGUUCAAGAACCGCAGGGCCAAGUUCCGCAAGAAGCAACGCAGCCUCCAGAAGGAGCAGCUUCAAAAGCAGAAGGAGGCGUCAGGGGAAGGAGGCAGCGAGAAGGAAGACACACCUCCCUCCUCCGCCACCAUCCUCCCUGACACGCAGGUGCCUCCUUCCUCCUCCUCCUCUUCAUCUUCUCUGGAGACAGACAGUCCCGUGGUUCGCCCUGUGCCGCUGGACAUGGAGCUGAACGUCACGUCAGCAGAACACUCGGGCAGCGAGUCGGCAACGGAGGACAAUGCCACAGAUAAAGAGGAGGAGAGCAAAUGUCAAAGAGAGGAGAUAAAGUGUGAGAGAGCAGUGACGCCUGGGGACGUCUCCCCCUGCAAAAGACUCAGCCCCAAACAAGAUUCCCCCAUGGUCUCCCCCUCCGUGACCCCCUCCUCCUCCAGCAGUGGCCUGGCUGGCGGCGGUCCUCUCCCUCAGAGCCACUCUUACUCUUCCUCCCCUCUCAGCCUGUUUCGUCUGCAGGAGCAGUUUCGCCAGCACAUGGCUGCCACCAACAACCUGGUACACUACCCUGCGUUUGACCUCGGUGCCCCGUCCUCACUCCCCUACCUAGGAAUGAAUGUCAACAUGCCGCCCGCGCCGCUGGGCUCGCUGCCCUGUCAGUCCUACUACCAGUCCCUGUCCCAUCACGCCCAGCAGGUGUGGAACAGCCCGCUGCUUCAGGCCUCUGCCGCUGGCGGCCUCACCAGCCACAACAGCAAGACGACCAGCAUCGAAAACCUGCGUCUGAGGGCCAAACAGCACGCCGCCUCGCUGGGACUGGACACAAUGUCUAACUGAGAGCCAGAUUGGAUGGAGGACGAUGUAAACUAGACUUCAGCGUCGGUCUACACAUCAUCACCCCAUCCUACUGCCUGUAUGCUGAUCCCUGCUAGAGCAGAAGGGCACAGGACAUGUCCCACAAUAUAUCCAACAUGCAGUGGACCUACAGAACUCAAUCGGCUUUCAAAGACAAACCACACUUCCACAACUUCUUUGACUCAUCUUAGCUUCUAUUGCAGCUCAAGGUUCCAAAGUACACAUCCACAUCCUUGGAAAAAAGAAAAACCCAGAACACACUCAACAUUGCUAUAAAAAGACGCAGGAAAACACAUGAAUGUUCCAUAUCACAGGACAACAGACAUUUUUGUGACAAUAUUUCCAACAGACAUGUAAAGUUGGACCUUCUGAACAAUGGAAAUAAUAAUAAUUAAAAAAGAAAUCACUGAGGAUAAUGUGAACAGCUGACGGCGGAUGCACUCAAUUUAAAAGACAAUGCAAAUAAUGUUUACAAGAAUAAUGUGAAUAAAUGAGGCACUUUUGGAGGAUUAAUGUUUUUUGGCCAGGAGGAAAAGGAAAAAGGUGACGCUCGUGCAGCAACAAAAAAAGGACCAUAGACAUUUCAAUUAAGAAACGUGGUUAUGUACAUAGCAUGUACGACAUAACGGCACAUAAAUAAAAAUAAACCCGAGCCAUGUUGUCCUCAACAGCAUAAUUAAACAUGACUAAUUUGCCAGUUUAAUGGCCAGUAAUGUGCCACUUUGUACAGAGGCUGGCUUGAUAAUGAGAAAAUGAUUUCAGUGAAUAAAUUCUCAAAGCUUUUAAUUACAUUUUGCCCUGGGCUGAGGGAGCUGGGGCAAAAUGCAAUUAUGAACAUGCAUACCAUUUAAAGCAGACUAUAAAAAAGGUCUAUACAUUAACAUUCAGUUAGAGUAGCAAUGUGAUUGAUACCGAUAGGAAAUCAAUUUCCAUUAAAUACAAAAUGAUAUGCUGAAUAUAUUUGGACUAUUGGAUAAAUGCUGUCUCGACUCAUAUUUUCUCUGCAGUUAUUCUCGCCUUAAUAUUCUCUUGAGGAAACAUGCGGCUUUUCAUUGGAAGUCAGGCCGACUGUAAGCACUUGGUGAGGAGAAUCACACGCGUUUCUGAUGUUUUCUGUUCAUGUGUUCUGGCAAGUAAAGUCUUCAUAUGAAAAAAAAAAAAGCACAUUAUUUUAAUAUGUAAAGUACAAAAAAAAGUUUAUCUAUUAAUGUUUACUAGUAGGGUAAUUGUAAAGUUCCUAUUAUGUUGUAUAGUUGAUAAUGGAUGAACCCAUUUAGCUGUCAGAUUGUAAGAUUGCAUUUGCUGAGCUCACCAGCAGCCCUGUCUCCCCCUCCUCUCCUGGUCGUAUGUGUAUCCAUCCUGGGUUGAAUUAAUAUUUUAGAUGUGUCCAGUUUCUUCUCUGGAAUUUACCUAAAAUAAGCUGUGGGACAAAUCUGGAUUGUUGGGAGACUGCCACCUUCAGCAGUUUGCGGUCAAUCCAGAGAGAAAGGCCUGAAGUCAAAGGAGGUGUGAAGAUUUCAGUGAAUAAUUGUCCCACGUCCUCUGUGUACUGCUGUCUUGACUCUAGUUUCAGUUCUGUUGUUGCUCUUACUCUGAUUCUGUCCUCCCCCGACUGUCUCUGUCCAACUACUCGGUCCAGUGGUAGAUAGGUUUAUAAAGGAGGAGGAAGUGAUCGGACCUCAGCAGUGUUGUUUCCUUUACUCCUCCCUAACAAUGUAGACUUGACCUAGUGUUGUUGUAAAAAUUAUCAUUAAAUAAAACAUUGCUUGGUGAUCUUUGUAAGGAAAA